AUGGAGAUGGAGAACCAAAGCUACAUCACUGAGUUCAUCCUGCUGGGAUUGCCCACCCCACCGGGGCAACAGGAGCUGUGUUACAUGCUGUUCCUGGCUCUGUACCUGGUCACCAUAGGAGGGAACCUACUCAUCAUCCUGGCCAUUGGCACUGACUCACACCUCCACUCUCCCAUGUACUUCUUUCUUGCCAACUUAUCCUGUGCUGACAUCUGCUUCUCCUCCACCACUGUCCCCAAGAUGCUAGCCAACAUGCAGACACACAACCUAGUCAUCUCCUACACUGGAUGCCUGAGCCAGAUCUAUUUUUUCCUGUUCUUUGGAGAUCUGGACAAUUUCCUCUUGGCCGUAAUGGCAUAUGACCGCUAUGUAGCCAUCUGCCAGCCCCUGAGUUAUGUUACAACCAUGAGCCCCCGGCUUUCUGCACUGAUGGUGGUUACUUGCUGGGUCCUCACUGCUGUCCAUGCACUGGUCCACACCCUCCUAGUGGCUCGGUUGUCCUUCUGCACAAACAGGGUGGUCCCCCACUUCUUCUGUGACCUAUCCACUCUGCUGCAUCUCUCCUGCUCUGACGCCUCUGUCAAUAAACUGGUCAUCAUCACUGUCGGGGGAGUGGUGGUAGUGGGACCGUUCUUGGCUGUCCUGAUCUCCUACGCCCACAUCUUCUGUGCAGUCCUGCGGGUGCCAUCUGUCCGGGGGCUGCGUCGAGCCAUUUCCACCUGCGGCUCCCACUUGGCUGUGGUGUCUCUUUUCUAUGGGACAGUGAUCGGCCUUUACCUUAGCCCCUCCCCUAGCCACUCAGCAGAGCGAGGCUCUGUGGUGGCUGUGCUGUACACGGUAGUGACCCCACUGCUCAACCCCUUCAUCUAUAGCCUGCGCAAUCGUGACCUGCUCCAGGCACUGUGCCGGACCCUGAGCUUGUUCUGCCGAAGGAAAACUCGUUGUACUGGUGGCCUUCAAGCUAAAGGGGCCAUGAACUGCAUGGUUUGCUCUGCCAUGCAAAAACAGGACAUGCAGAGUCAAGCAGUUUCAAAGGUGGUUGAGUUGUUCCCCUUCAUUGAUCCUUGUGUCCUGCAGCUGAGGGCCAGGUAG